CAGUAUCCCCGCUAAAGAGGUCGUGAGUUAGUUAUACAGAAACUGGCAUUGUCUUCAUUCAUAAUUGUUGAAACUGGAAGAUCAACUGCAACUUUCUAAAGAGUAACAAGUACACAUCCAACAUAACUAAACUUUGAUCUGUCUCUGCGUCAUUUGAUUCAUUUCAACUUUGUUAUUGGUUCGGUGGUGUUGCGUAUUCUACUGUGCUUGUCGCGACUUUGUCGGUGCAAUUGGAAAAGAUGUCUCUGGUGGAAAGUGGAAGUGGAAACUCGGCAGAGGCGGAGACGCAAACCCAGAUGAAUUUUGUCCGCGUUCAGAACAUCACGGGGAAAGACAGCGAAAUAUCUGUGCCGGUUGAUCCCGCGAGGAUUAAAACCGUGGGCGACUUGUGCAGUUGGGACAUUGUCCGCGGGUUUUUUCGCGAGGACCAGCUCCUGCCGCCGACGAGUCGACUACAGUGGCUGAAGGUCGUGGAGCAAAGCAGCGAUGUUGAGGAGGAGGAAGCAACACUCGAUGACACUGAGCCUGAGG